UUUGAAAUAAUUUCAAAUAUGUAUCGAUGUUAAGUCGAUGUUCCGUGCAUCACUAACUUGGAUCUCUAUUAGCCGGCAAGUAGGGUAAGGCGGUAAUUUGGUACGCGGAUUUGCACAAAUAACAGCCGCAUUAAUGAAGCUCGUGAAGCCCGGUUGGGUGCACCAUGAUGAUAAGCCAAUCUUCUCGGUGGAUGUGCAUCAGGAUUGCACCAAAUUCGCGACUGGCGGGCAGGGCACCGAUUCCGGUCGCAUUGUCAUUUGGAAUCUGAAGCCGGUGCUGUCCGAGAAGGAUGAGCAGGAUGCAUCGGUGCCAAAGAUGCUCUGCCAAAUGGAUCAGCACUUGGCAUGCGUGAAUUGUGUGCGCUGGUCGCAAAAUGGCCAGCUACUCGCCUCCGGUUCGGAUGAUAAGCUAAUUAUGAUCUGGCGGAAGGCACAGGGACCCAGCGGCGUUUUUGGCACCGGCGGCAUGCAACAGAAUCCCGAAUCGUAUAAAUGCAUACACACACUGCGCGGCCACGAUGGUGAUGUCCUGGAUCUCGCAUGGUCACCCAAUGAUUACUUCCUCGCCAGCUGUAGCAUAGACAAUACGAUUAUCGUGUGGGAUGCGCGGGCAUUGCCGAAUUUGCUGCACACGCUCAAGGGGCAUACGGGUCUGGUUAAGGGCGUUGCAUGGGAUCCGGUUGGACGUUUCCUUGCCUCCCAGUCGGAUGAUCGCAGUAUUAAGAUAUGGCGUACAACAGAUUGGACGUGCGGCACAACAAUAACCGAACCGUUCGAACAGUGCGGCGGUACGACGCACAUACUACGGCUCUCCUGGUCACCCGAUGGCCAGUAUCUGGUGUCGGCACACGCGAUGAACGGUGGCGGACCCACCGCCCAGAUCAUCGAGCGUGAAGGUUGGAAAUGUGACAAGGAUUUCGUGGGGCAUCGCAAGGCGGUCACCUGUGUCCGUUUCCACAACUCGAUAUUGACGCGCGACAUGGUCGGCGACAGUCCCAGCAAGGCCAUGCAAUAUUGUGUGAUCGCUGUAGGCUCCCGCGAUCGUUCGCUGUCCGUGUGGCUGACGGCGCUCCAGCGUCCCAUGGUCGUCAUCCAUGAGCUGUUCAAUGACAGCGUCCUGGACAUGUCCUGGGGACCGCAACAAUGUCUGCUGAUGGCCUGCAGCGGUGACGGCACCAUCGCCUGCCUCCAAUUCAGCGAACGGGAGCUGGGCUCCCGCGUCUCGGAGACGGAACGAAACAGUAUAUUCAAGCGCAAAUAUGGCGGCUAUAUGGAGCAUUCCGAGCAUACGGCCAGCAAACAGAUGGCGAUGACGCUGCCCGAACCGAGCAGCUAUGCUCUGCCCAAUGCGGCCAUGGAGCGUCGACUGCCUGUCCAGGUGACCGGUGGACAGGGACAGGGCGUCGGUUCACAUGCUCGGGCCAUCAGCAAACAGACGGAGACACGCACCAAGGAUGGCAAGCGACGGAUUACGCCCAUGUUUAUACCACUCAAUGAGCUAAACGAGCCCAUCUCCAGCAUUGGCAGCAACAGCAGCAUCAUUUCCACAAGCAGUAGCAGCAGCAACGAUAAUAGCAACAGCAACAACAUAGUCACAAACAGCAACAGCAGCGGCACGGGAACAUCAGGAAUUGGUGGCAGCAGCGUGGAUCCAAUGAGAUCGCAAGAGUCGCUCUACUCUCGAGCGGAACCGUCUGUUGGACGUCUGAUGUUGCCGCCAUCGCCAGCGGCAACGGCAGCGAUCUCACCACGUCGCAACUCAAUGCAGCUGCUGUGCGAUUUGAAUAGCGGCAAUACUGUGGGUCCCAAACUGCAGAUAACGGCGAAUAGUAAAUGUGAAUUUACGAAAUCGUCGCAGGACUAUCGCAUUCAUGUGCAGAAUGGCCAUCUAAAGACCGGCUACGGCAUGGUGGCCAAGGUGACCGCCCAAUUGAGUCGAGAGCUGCUCUGGGAUAUGUAUGUGGGUUCGCCGGUGAUCAAUGUGAAUCUGUGCAGUAAAUAUGUGAUGCUUUGCUCCCUCGAUGGGAGCAUGCGACUCCUGGCGAUGCAGACGGGCUCACCCGUCUUUCCAGCGAUCACGUUGACAAGCGCUGCACUGCACUGCACCUUCAGCAGCGAUAAUCAGAUGGUCGGCGUGCUCACGGACAGUGGAAUUUUGCGGAUUUGGAAUAUUGCCAAGCAGCGUGUCCGAUUGUCCACCAAUUGUUUGGAGCUGCUCAAUAAGCAUGGCAUGACGCUGCAGUUUGUUAUCACGGAUCAGGGCAUGCCACUAAUUGGUUUUCCCAGCGGCAAUUCCUAUUCGUAUUCAACGCCAUUGAAAUCGUGGCUGGUCCUUGCCACCGGUGAUGCGAUCAUGUUCAAUGGGAUACGUGGCUCGCUGCCACGCGAUCUGGAGCAUGUGCAUCGCAAGUUUCCUCUGCUCAGCAUGCAGACAGGCACACAUAACUAUCUCAGUCUGCGUGGCGCAGUCGAAAUCGAUCCGGAAAGCUGGCAGCAAACGGCCAAGGUGCUGUUCCUCGAGAAUCAGAUCAAGCUGUGCGAAGCGUUGGAAGCUUUUGAGGAACUGAAGCACUGGCAUAUGAUGAUGACAUUUCAAUUGGCCAGCUACGGCACCGAGAAGCGUUUGCGUCUAUUUAUGGACACUCUGCUCGACAAUGAGCUGCCGGAAACGAUGCAGACAAAAUCCAAAUUCGAGCUGAGGCAGUGCGUCUUGGACACGCUGGAACCGCACACAGAAUGGGAGUAUAUUUACAACGAAUACUUGGAUAUUUAUGAUCUGGAUGGGGAGAACUUUGUUAAGGCCACACCGCCACCACAAUCAUCGCUAGUAUCUUAUCCGUUACCCAGUGCGCCCUGUCCCCGUACGCGAGCAGCUGCCGCCGCAGCGGCGGCCAUUGAUGCACUCCUCACGGCGGAACCAUCAUCGCCGCCGCCGGUGCCGCCACCGCAGCCGUCGUCGUCGCCGUCUCCGUCGCCAAGUGCAAACGUCGAACCGGAAACCUGUGAAACAGAAUCAUCGUCUUCCUCGCCACCGGCGACGCCAGAGCCCGCCUCCGUUGAUACCGAAGCAGACAAGAACUGAAAGAGAGAGAGAGAGAGUUUAGCUCCGAAUUAUAUUGAUUAUUUCAAAAAGAUAUUGUCAUUUAACUCUAUUUUGUUUAAGAAUCAAUCGAUAUUUCGGAAACAGUUUGCAAAUCAAUCCAAAUUGUAUUAAUUCUAUAUAUUCAAAAGCUUCUGCAUAGCAAAUUUUAGUUACUUUUUGAGUCCAUUUGGAUCGUGAUUUUAGGCAGAAUUCGAAAAAUUGAUUUGCUGCUAUUGAAAAUGGUACUUCAAAGAUCCUGCAACAAUUUCCUGAACCUGAUA